GGUUCAGUGUGUGGAGCUGCUCGCGCAGCGCCCGGGCUGUCAGUCCGAGCUGGGGCCGCCGCCAGACCUUCCAAGAGACGCGCACCCCCGCGCCCCGCACACCCUCGCUCGACCACACACACACGCACACGCUCAGCCUGGCCGCGCGGGAGCCACUGAGCAGCCCGAGAGCUCCGGGACCGGCUGCGGGCAGAGGACCUAGCCGCGUUCCCACUGGGGCUUUCGCCGGGGAGACCGCAGCGAGCUUCCCGGUGGGCUCGGACCCCUCAGGAACACGGCGAGGGCCAUCCGGCUGGUUGAGCCGAUCCCUGCGACCCGCGCUGGCCUCGGCAGGGAGUGCAGUAAAGAGGAGCGGCUGCAGCUAGCAGGACUGGAACUCCCCUGGUUCCAGCGCCGCCGCGACACACGGGUGGAAAUCCUAAUGGAGGGAUCGCUGACUUCCUUUGCUUGGGAAAAUCGUCAGGAGCAACUCCGAUUUGGCUCCUCUGAGCAUCGGAGGGGGGUCCAUGACGUGGCAGGGGGAAAAUAGACAACUGAAACCUCCCGCGUGAACUGCAAACUAUAACCCAGGGAGAGGGAAGAACUGCUUUCUGCAUUUUCAUUUCACGCAAAAAAGGUUCAAGUGUCGUGCGGUAAACUUAUUUCCAUGUCUUGUACCCACUUCAGCAGAACCCAGAGGGUCCUGUCUUGGGGACAGCAUCAGUCCGAGGAGCCCCAGCCAGCGGCCUAUCUUCCUGCUCCCACAUUCCCCGGACUGCAUCCCUGUCUGGGGUACUCCAUCUAUCCUAUAGAGCUAUGGCCAGGUAUCUAUGAAUACUGGGCGAAUUUCUGAAACCCAACUCUUACAACCUACCUGCGUGGCUGGAAUUUCACCUAAUACAUCUGAAGAAAUGGCAUUUUGAGUCGUUCUUAGGAUACCUUCUUUAAAAUUCAUGUAAAACAGGAUCUGAUAGGCUUACCAACAUGACAGGUAAGAACUUUCUGGCUCUCUAGUCCUGUCGCAGAGGAGGCCCAGGUUGAGCAGGAGAGAGAGUCCAGGGACGCGUGUGCCCACUGAGGCUCGUCAGCAGAGGGCUGCUUUUGCUAGAGGCGCAGCCCUGGCUCCUGGACCAUCCGCUGGGGAAGCUUCUGGGGCGCGCGCCAGGAGAUUGCCUUGCGCUCCACCUGCCCUGCCCUGGACACAGCCCGGGAGGCGAGGCAUCGAGGGACCACCUCAAGUCAAUAUUGGGAUUUUUAAUAAACCAAGGAAUGGGGUUUUAAUUAUUCAGAAACCCAGCUCCUCUGGGCCAGAUGCUGUUGGGAUGGUGCUGGUCACACAGUAUUAAAGGGACCGACCGCUAAGGGCACUAGAAAAGCGUCCGAGACGUCCUUUGCAAUUAGGAACGAGCCAGACUUGGUAGCACGGGGCAUUGAUUGCUGGUGCCCAUCCGGACCCUCCUCCUCUCUCCCUGAUCCUCCCCCCACCCCAUCGGAGGCAGGCCCCCGCGGCUCGGCCAGGACCUCGCGUCCUUGCAUCGUGGUCUGGGCUGCGUAUUUCAUGAGCCCAGGGUGAACAGGUGCGAAGUGCGCUGGGAGCAUCCGGCCCACGGCAGCGCGGGGAACAUGGAGAGCGAGCGCGACAUGUACCGCCAGUUUCAGGACUGGUGCCUUAGGACUUACGGGGACUCAGGCAAGACCAAGACGGUGACCCGUAAGAAAUACGAGCGGAUUGUCCAGCUCCUCAACGGCUCAGAGUCAAGCUCCACCGACAAUGCCAAAUUUAAAUUCUGGGUCAAAUCGAAGGGUUUCCAGCUGGGCCAGCCGGAUGAGGUCCGCGGGGGAGGCGGCGGCGCCAAGCAAGUGCUCUUCGUGCGGGUCAAGACCACGGUGAGCCGCCUUCUCUGUUAUUAUUUGUCUGCUGGAGCAGCCCGGAAGGGAGGGCGGAGAGAGGGGAAGGCAGAGGGAGACACUGUUGGCUCCUGGCCCCCCAACCCCGUCCUCCUUAACCCCCUCCCCAAGUCCUCCCCAGACGCAGUGGCCGGGCGUGAUUCCCUUCUAGAAAGUCUUUGUGGCCCUUUAUUUUAAAGCAAUAGCGAACCUGCAGAGCUGGUGGCCCUCCCUGCCUCCGGGCUGCUCUGCGGGACGGUGGCUGAAGCUUGUCUUCACCGUGUCGGGCGGCGCCUGCUGUUCCCCGGGCCAGGCCAUUGUCCCACGUCCUUCGCUGGGAGCCUGGCGUGUGUCCUACCUCCACCGGGGCGCAUAAAGGGCAGGCUGGAAGCUCAGCCACACGCUCUGAUAACAGGCGAGCCUGAUGGAUAGGUUACUGUGUCUCCUCGUUGGCACAAAGCCCGAAUGUGGCGGUUUUGGUGGAUGUGGGGCUUUCCCUGGGACAUUAUCGAGUUUUGUUGUGAGAACGCUGGCGGGGAGACACAGGACAAGUCCGCGCGCCUUGGUCGCCCCCUAAGAUCUUAGCCGCGACUGUUUGGUUGGCAGAUACCUUCCUGGACAUUCCUCCUCCCCGCCCCCCAUCCCCUUCUUCACUUGUACCACUGAGGCUUCCUGGGCUAGGCGAUGCACAACAAAGAGAGACGGUUUGGGGCACGAUCAAUUGGUGUAUUUGUUCCUCUUUCUGGGUUGGUUCUUGUCUGCUACCCACAAAGCUGUAGUGAGCAAGGAACUGGCUGUCAGAGACCGGUGUAUCCCGUUCUAAAACGCAGAUGCCUGUAGGGCUGGGAGGCUGCCGCAGCAUCCGCUUCCUUUGCAAGAAGAAGGGAACAGGGGCAUUCAAGUAAGAUCUCAGGUCAGAGGUGUAGUACUGCUGCCUCAUAAGGGGUACUCACCUAGAGUGAGUGAGUAUGAGGAGCUAUCUGACACCCUUUGUAUUUUUUGUCUGCUUUGGGAUUCGUUGAGCUUACCCUUCCCCCAACCCCCCCCCCUCACUUUUACUGGCGACUGUUUCCCAGUGCACAGCUCCCUGAGGAUGUUAGAAAGAAGGUUUCUAGAGGAGAAGGCUAUGGUCUCUCUAAGGUGCAUGAUAUCGGAGAUAUAUGCAUGAAAGACUCUUCCGAGCUCCGUCUGGAUGACUCUCAGAUUUUCUGAAGUCUAAUGGAGACACGAUUUGGAUAGCACUCUUCAAGAACAAGUUGGGCAGAGCUCUAGACACAAUAACAGGUUUAUGUGUUGGAGCAAUGAGAAAAAUUCAAACAUGUAAGUUUCUCAAAAAGAAUAAUCAACUACAGGGAAGAGUAAGAAUGAAGAUCUCAUGGAGGUAUCUUAGUCUGUUCAUGCUGCUAUGAUGGAAUUCCAUAGGCUGGGUGAUUUUACUUUAAUUAAUUAAUAUUUUUAUUUAUCACGCAGGAUUCAAUUCCCCUCCUAGUCCACCCUUCUACUGUUCCACAUUCCAUACCUCCUUCCUAAUCUCCCACCCCUGCCAUCUACAUUAGGAUGUCCCCAUCCCACCCAUCCCGCCAGACUUUUAAACUCCCUGGGGCUUCCAGUAUCUUGAG